ACAAGUCUUUUACCUUCAUGCCGAGAUGCAACUUACGGAUUGCCUUCUCGGAGAUGUAGGAUCUCGUUGAUCCUGGGUCCAGCAUCGCACCAACUCGUGUUCGUGCGAUCUCAACAUCUGCAAACAACAACUCGCCCUUAGUCUUCGCCUUUCGAGCCCAUGAGCUACGUAAUGCUAGCAAUUCGUUACCUAACUCAUCAAGGGAGUCAUCUAGAGAGACAUAACAUAAGACAAUAUCAGGGCGAUCUGGAUGAUGGGCUAAGGAAGAAUCAUCCUCUGCCAAUUGAGAAGAAGGGUAGGAAGGGGUCGUAGGCGCCUUACCUGUCUGUUGGUUCUUACCCUUAAUCUCAGUAGGAGCAAAUGCUACUCCUACUGGCUGUUCGCUUUUGGGUUCCGGAUCUGAGGGCAGUAGGCGAUCACAUGUCCCGCUGUGCCGCACUUGAGACAUUGCGCAUUGUCCAUGCGAUCCUGCCAAGUCUUUCUAGUCAUACCCAUUUCGACCCAUGGCUUCCCAUCAGCAAUGCCAGGGUGCCAUGGAAACGCUCUUUGUUUCUUCCCUCCUGUCCUGGGUGGUCCUCCCUGAUUGGCCACAACAGCAGUGACUUCCCCCUUCCCGGAGUCACUGUUGUUAUCAUUCUCCUCGUUCGACCACUUUUCCACUGUGUCGUCAUCAAAGACGACAAGGGUGUGGUCCUGGCGCUUCUGUCGCCAGAUAACUCGUUUCCCAUUGUACUGUCUUCCUCCUCCUCCUCCAGACUUGACUACCGCUGCAUAGGAAUUCUUGACAUGAGAAGUCAUCUGUUCCCUUUGCAGGGCGAGGUCACGAAAUUGCCUGUAGUUAUACUUACCGGACUUCGCUUCGUGGUGAGUUGCCACGUCAGCAGGCCACGUCAGCAGACCACGUCAGCAGGCCACGUCAGCAGGCCACGUCAGCAGACUACAUCAGUACGUCAGCAGGCCACGUCAGCAGGACACGCCAACAGUGCCACGUCAGCAGCAGAGGAAACAGGCCCCGGCCGGUGUAUGCUGUUGAGAUCUCAAACAGCAGUCAUGGACCAGAGGCCCGGUGAAGCGGAUGAGGCCUAUCAGGCCCGCAUGCUGGCGUGGAGUACCGAGACUAAGAAAUGGGCAGAUGACGCCGCCGCAGCAGCGAAGAAGAAGGCAGAAGAUGCCGAACAGGCACGUCUGCUGGCACUUGAACAACAGCGCCAGCAUGAUGAGGCAGCAGCAAAGGCUGCAGAUGAAGAAAGAGUACAGUGUUGUGAGAAGACAUUCACCGGAGAGCGGGCAUUACUUACCAUGGCAGGGACAUGGCGGACCGAGGCCGAGAACAACCAGUUGGAGGACAGCGCAAACAAGAUAGCGCUCCUCCUCUCGCAUCUCACGGAUCUCCUGGCCACCUGCAUUACACAGCAGGCGGAGAUCCUUGGCCUCGACACCUCGCUAGCUCGCAUGCAAAACCACCUUCAGCGGUUGGAGCAGCGACCAGUCGCCGUCGCCGACGCAGGCUCUUCCAAUACUGCCGACCGCCUCAAUGCAUUGGAGAUGCACGUCGGCUCACUCCAGGAUGGCACACAGUUACAGCUCACCGCGACGCAACAGUUGCAGCAGCGAGUCUGUACCACCGCCACCACCUCGAGUACGGAGCCGCGCGAGUCAACUCCAAAGUUUGACGGGCAGGAGAUCUUCUGCGACUCAACGAAGACAGAUCCGAUUCCAUGGUUCCGCAAGUUCGAGCUCACGCUGCAGCUGUCCAACGUCAAGGAACACAAGCAUCACGCCUACUUGUACUCUCGCUCAGGGGGCGCGUGCCAGGCUUGGUUGGACAACCUCUUGUCCAAGUACGGAGUGGUAGCAGCGGACUUGCACACCAUGAUCAAUUGGGAUGAUCUGAAGGCGGCGUGGCACAAGCAGUUCCAGGUGGAGCCGCCAAAGAUCAAGGCUAUGGAUAAGCUCAUGAUCUUCGAGCAAGGCACGCUACCGAGUACGGACUGGAUCGCCGAGUACCAACGCUUGACGUCAGUCCCAGACAUCCAGAUGGGCUUCAAGGCCAUCCGCCAUUACUUCAUCUCAAGGUCAUGUCCGGCAUUGAGCAAUGCCCUGACGCAUGUCGAGGACACCUUGACGACGAGGACGGAAUUGUUCGACAAGGCUGCGCAGAUCAUCAUCACCAACAAGGAGGCCAAGAACCUCCAUUCAUCUGCGUCAGGCCCGAGCAGGGACCAGCAUCGGCCAAGAGUGGCCGUGGUCGCAGCGGCCGUGCCGUUAGACCAAACCAGCGAGGUUGUGUCUGCCAGUGAAGGAGACAGAUUCGCAGCCGCCCGGGAAGGUGGCCGCUCCGGCAGAGGCAGAGGACGCGGCAAGACGAAGACACACACUGUUUCUAGCCCCGGGCCCGGUGCAGCAGCUCAGACAGGCCCAUGGACCCCUUCGUCUUCAAGUGGUUCUUCACGGGAUUCGGCGCGCGAGUUCAAUAUAGAGGCAUUGGACCCGCUCACGUCUGAGGACUUUGCAUGGCUUCCUCUCCCGACCACAGGCUGUUUGCCGGGACCGCAAUGCGCAGCACUUAGCGCUAAUCUUCACACUUACCUAUUCUUCUAUGCACCACCAACUUCGCCGACGGAUGACGAAGUCGCGAUGGGGGACAUCCUGACGUAUACUACCAAGGUGGCCCGCGAGUUUCGCACGCAGCGGUACGAUGACAACAACGCACCGCUCAUGUAUGUCCGCAUUCAGGUUGGGCAAGCGUCCUGCAGCGCUUUGCUGGAUAGCGGCGCGUCUCGCAACUUCAUGAGCCAGUCUUUUAUGCAAAGAGCUGGCCUUGGCGCACAAGUUAUGAGAAAGGCAAACCCGACGGCGAUCAAGUUGGCGGAUGGUAAGACGCAACAACUUCUCGACCGUUACAUCGAGGCCGUACCGGUCUACUUCGCACCUCAUGCAUGCGAACCGGUGACAUCCGAUAUUCUCGACACAGACUUCGACAUCAUUUUGGGAAUGCCUUGGCUUGCAAGUGCGGAUCACACGGUCAACUUCCAUCGGCGGACUCUUAGCGUUCGCGACGCCUUCGGCGCGGAAGUGGCGUGUACUAUUCCUCUACCGCACUCUUCGAUCCGGUGCCAAGUGGUGACGGCCAAAUCAUUCCGGGCGACUUGCGCUUACGAGCAGCCCGAGGAGAUCGGCCUAUGUUUCCUACGAACCGUAGCGGUAGCCGACUCUUCACCCAUGGACUUGUCUUCGGACCCCCGUGUGGUGCGGUUGCUGGACAAGUUCGUCGACAUCUUCGAGUCACCUACCGGUGCGGUGCCGGGUCGGCCGAUCUCUCACGAGAUCAUUCUUGAGGCCGGUGCCGUGCCGCYGAAAGGUUGCAUCUAUCGGAUGAGCGAGGAGGAGCUUGAGGUCCUCCGCGCACAACUCGACGAUUUGUUGGCCAAGGGCUGGAUCCGCCCGAGUAGCUCCCCAUAUGGAGCACCAGUUCUCUUCGUCAGGAAGAAGAACAAGGAUCUACGAUUGUGUAUCGACUACCGCAAGCUCAACGCUCAAACUGUCAAGAAUGCAGGGCCUCUUCCACGCAUCGACGAUCUUCUCGAGCGGCUGGGCGGCGCGAAGUAUUUUUCCAAGUUGGAUUUGAAAUCGGGAUAUCAUCAAAUCUCGAUCCAGCCGAACGAUCGCUACAAGACCGCGUUCAAGAUGCGCCGGACAUUGGAGGAUCAUCUUGGACAUCUUCGACGAGUGUUGGAGACGCUCCGCCGUGCCAAGUACAAGGCCAACCGCGACAAGUGCGAAUUUGUCCGGCAAGAGCUGGAAUACUUGGGCCAUUUUGUCACACCGGGGGGCAUCAGUCCGCUAUCGGACAAGAUUCAGGCCGUCCAAGAGUGGUCGGAGCCUCGGAACGUCAUGGAUGUCCGUUCGUUCCUCGGUCUUAUCGGCUACUAUCAGCGCUUCAUCAAAGGCUACUCCAAGAUCGCGGCCCACUUGAACAAGCUCCAGUGCGAGGAUCGGCCGUUUGACUUCGGAGAGGAGGCGCAAGGAUCAUUCUUCGCUCUCAAAGCCGCGCUAUUGUCUGCGGAGGUCUUGCGGAUAUUCGACCCGCUCGCAACUACACGCGUCACUACGGAUGCGUCAGGCUAUGGCAUUGGUGCAGUCCUCGAGCAACAUGAUGGUGCGGACUGGCACCCGGUCGAAUACUUCAGCAAGAAAGUGCCCCUUGUGCAUUCCAUUGACGAUGUACGCAAGAAGGAACUCCUCACCUUCGUCCACGCGCUCAAGCGCUGGCGGCACUUCCUCCUUGGUCGAAGCCAGUUUCGAUGGGUAACGGACAACAAUCCGUUGGUCUUCUACAAGACCCAAGACACCGUCAACAGCACCAUCGCUCGAUGGAUGGCUUUCAUCGACCAGUUCGACUUCUUUCCCGAUCACAUUCCCGGGAAGUCGAACCGUUUUGCGGAUGCUCUAUCACGGCGUCCGGAUCAUUGUACCGCGUUACGACCAUUGCCAGUCCCGUUGAGGCGAAGGGAAGCGAUUGCCAUGGACAUUACCGGCCCGUUCCCCAAGCACAAGACCGGAGUGGAUGGGAUUCUCACGGUGGUCGACCGACUCACCAAGUUCACCAUGUUUUUGCCUUGUCGCUAUCAUGCCAAGGCACCGGAGUUGGCCGAGGUUCUUUACGCCGGUUGGAUUCGCACCAAGGGUUACCCCAAGGAGAUCGUCUGUGACUGCGACACUCGGUUCAUGUCCGAUUUUUGGUUGGCGCUCAUCAAGCGAUGGGGCUCAUCUCUCAAGCCCAGUUCAGCUUGCAACCCUCAGACCGAUGGCCAGACGGAGAGGGCGCAUCAGACCGCACAGGUUCUCCUUCGCACUCUCAUCCGCCCCGACCAGAAAGACUGGGUUGAGCGACUGCCGGAUGUUGAGUUGGCCUACAACUCUUCCAUCCACCCGGCUAUUGGGAUAUCGCCCUUCGAGUUCGAGCAUGGCUCGCCGGUCACGUCACCGUUGGACACUACUACUCCACGCACGGCUGAGAGCGACGACCAUCUUCUCUUCUUGCGUCAGAUGCAAGAGCUUCUUGUCAAGGCACGCGACCAGAUGGCAAAGACGCAGCAGCGCAUGAGCCAGCAGGCCAAUCGCCAGCGACUUCCUCGUCCAUUCCACGCCGGGGACCUUGUCUGGGUUUCCGCAGUGGAAUUCAACCUUGAACAAGACGUCUCUCGCAAGCUCCUUCCGAAAUGGAUGGGGCCUUGGCCGAUCAUAGAGCCCGCUGGGGACGCACCUGAAGGCCCCUCCUUCACGAUUCAGGUACCUAGCCACUUGCCUAUCUACCCAGUCUUUCAUUGCUCCAAACUGGCUCUCUACACGCCAGCGGAUCAGGACGACUUUCCCGGGAGACGUACGCAAGACCCACCUUCUAUGGAUGGUUUUCAGGAGGUCGGCGACAUCAUCUUCCAGCGACGCUUUGGCAACAAGCCAACUGAGUACCUAGUGCAUUUUGCAUACUGCACYCACCGAGCUGACCGUUGGUUAACCCAUGCGGAACUGCAAGCAACAGCUCCCGACGUUCUCGCACGCUAUGAACGCAAGAUGCAAGGCAAGCCGGUUUCUUCGGCUCCCCACCGCGCCCGCGUCCAGGUUCCACCUUCAGAUCGAUGGCUUCGCCCUCGCCCCGGCCUGACUUCAUAAGGAGGGGGGGGUGUUACAUGCUGCGCGUGUGCACACGCAGGCCAUUUUGCAGGCCUGCGUCCUUCAGGCCAAAAGC